GAGAUCAAGACACCACACAGGGUCUAUCGAUAUAGCAAGCCAGCGACCAACACAUCCAUUCCAAGCACCGUCGACCACAGUAGUCGACCCUUGGAUAACAAAAGUACAACUACAUCAUGUCAGCAGAAGAGGCUCUACAGGAUGUCAACGAGAACGAGAUCGAGUCCAACUGGGACCAGGUCGUAGAUAACUUUGAUAACAUGGACUUGAAGGCAGAGCUUCUGCGAGGUGUUUACGCUUACGGUUUCGAGCGACCUUCUGCCAUCCAGCAGCGCGCUAUCGUCCCGGUCGUCAAAGGACACGAUGUGAUCGCUCAGGCUCAGUCUGGCACGGGAAAGACAGCCACAUUUUCCAUCUCCAUUCUCCAGCAAUUGGAUAUGUCCAUCAAGGGCUGCCAGGCUCUCAUCCUUGCCCCCACUCGUGAGCUUGCCCAGCAAAUCCAGAAGGUCGUUAUCGCCCUCGGUGAUUACAUGAACAUCGAGUGCCAUGCCUGUGUCGGCGGUACCAACGUUCGUGAGGAUAUGGCUAAACUUCAGGAAGGAGUCCAGGUGGUUGUCGGUACCCCUGGACGAGUGUAUGACAUGAUUAACCGUAGGGCGCUCAGGACUGAUAACAUCAAAAUUUUCUGUCUUGAUGAGGCCGAUGAAAUGUUAUCCCGCGGUUUCAAGGACCAGAUCUAUGAACUCUUCCAGCUACUACCUCAGGAGACUCAGGUUGUGCUCUUAUCUGCCACCAUGCCUGCCGAUGUCUUGGAAGUCACGAAGAAGUUCAUGCGUGACCCGGUUAGAAUUCUUGUCAAGAGGGAUGAAUUGACUUUGGAAGGUAUCAAGCAAUUCUACAUUGCCGUCGAGAAAGAGGAAUGGAAAUUGGAUACUCUUUGCGAUCUUUACGAGACAGUCACGAUUACCCAGGCUGUCAUUUUCUGCAACACGAGGCGGAAGGUUGACUGGUUGACAGAGAAGAUGCACUCUCGCGAGUUCACCGUAUCUGCGAUGCACGGAGACAUGGAACAAAAACAACGUGAAGUGCUGAUGAAAGAAUUCCGGUCUGGUUCUUCUCGUGUAUUGAUCACGACGGAUCUUCUUGCCCGUGGUAUUGACGUGCAGCAAGUAUCGCUUGUUAUCAAUUACGACUUGCCCACCAACAGGGAGAACUACAUUCACCGUAUUGGUCGAGGUGGACGAUUUGGACGUAAAGGUGUUGCCAUCAACUUUGUGACUACUGAUGAUGUCAGGAUGUUGCGAGAUAUCGAACAGUUCUACAACACCCAGAUUGACGAAAUGCCUCUUAACGUCGCUGAUCUUAUCUAGAUGUGCGGCAUUGUGCCGCUUACGACCACGUCCUGACCGUCACGUCUGUACUUUUUUGAUCCCUUUGAAAUAUGUCCUGAUUGUGUCUCAUUACCGUACUACAAAAAGUUUUUGGCCGUUUAAUAACGAGCUGAGGGCUGUUCCGCGAUCACUUGCCAUGCAUUGUGUCUGUAGCCAAAUCUCUACUUUUUCCUUCGACUAUUUUUGUCAGACUAGUAAUAAGUGGAAAGGUGAUAUAUAUACAGUAUCUCAAUCCUGCUCUUGUCGGGUGU